UGUGAAUCUUUUCUAAUUGAGAAUCUAAAUAUUAUAAAGACGUAUUUGUUUCAGCUGACUUAUUUCAGCACAGCAACUGACGGUGUAACAAAUUAUUUGACAAAUCCUUCGCGCCAUGGAUAUUGGUUUUUCAUCAACGGCAGAGUUUAUGUGUACAGCACAGCCCAGAAAUCAUGGGAAAACGCGAUAAAGGCCUGUUGCGAGAUUGGAAUGAGUGUGCUCAGCAUUGAGUACAAUUACGAGUAUAACAACCUAAUCACUGCUGCUGCUAAAAGUAAGAUAUGAUAUAUAUCAUUUAUAAAAACAUUUAUUGUAUUGGUAUCCUUAAUAUUUUAAGGCUCUAACUAUACGGGAUUGUUUUGGACCUCUGGAAGUGACCAAGGGUGCAGAAAAAGUUUCGGUUGGUGCACGGCGAACAAACUCAUCCGGGAGGAAGAAGCAAAGUGGGCCAAAGGAGAACCAAACUCUGCGCAAGAAAGCUGCGUUUAUUUAACUGUGAACAAAACAAGCGCAAUGAUUUUUGACGGGAGCUGCACCUUGACUCGAAAAUACAUUUGCGAAGCUAGAGAUUCGACCAGCUCGUCAUUUAGCUCGGAUGCUAUCACCGAUGAAUGCUCAGCUGCCUACAACAUGUCAAAAGCCGAGAUCAAAGAUAUUUUCAACUUGACCUCCUUCUCCCUCAAAGCCAAAUGUUUCUUAAAAUGCAUGGGGGAAAAUGGAGGUUUUAUGCUCAAUGGUAAACUUAUUGAUGAGGCGGUCAUCAGCUUAGCGGAAGCAUUAUCCAAAACGGCAAAUAUUGCCCAGAGCAACAUGAUAGCCAUUUCAAAUUGCAGCACACAAAGAGGGAUGGAUGAAUGCGACACAGCCGCUUUGAUUUUCCAAUGCGGCCAGGAAAAGGCACCAGAACUAGUGUCUAAUAUUGUCAAAGUUGUAGAGCUAAAUUCAUCUGGGGAAAACGUGCCAUUAAAAUCAACAGUGCACCAAUGCCCAGUUGAUUACGAGUGUACCACGGAUCCGGUCUCGCGCAAUAAUUACAUUAGCAACAAAGGUUAA